AUUCAUUACAUCGAAUCAAGAUGUCUCAAAAACCCAUCUUCGUGGCUACCCAUCCACGCGCCUGCUCUACGGCAUUUGAACGAGUACGCGUGAUCCUCGCAUUCCAUAGUGCCGAAAAAAUCAAGAAAUUCAAAAAAUGAAGCACUCAACACAAGAAGACAAGAACCUGCUGACACCUCCAACAGGUCUUCAUGACCCGCCGGGAUACCAUCCAGUGUAUCCAUGAGCCGUUUGGUGAUGCCUUCUACUACGGGCCUGAACGCCUGUCGGCCAGAUUCGCCGACGACGAACAGGCUCGUCUGGAGAGCGGCUUCAGCCAGUCGACGUUCCAGACCGUCCUGGCCAGAAUCGAGCGCGAAGCUUCUGAGGUCCGACCCUUCUUCUUGGUCGCGUUUCUUUCUUUCUGCGUUCUACACUCUUUCAUCCCUCCCUGUCUGUCGUUAUGCGCCCGGCCGAGGUGUAAAUCCCGGCUGGAUGGUCCUUGCCCUGCAUCGUAGAGGCCAGUUGCCAAUCUUUUCCCUCCCCCUCCCCCCUUGAUGGGCCUGGGACCUGCGGCAUCUGCAUGCCUACGCAGGUCCCUCUUCUAUAAUGAUGCGCCUCUCCUACAAGCCCAUGAUCGCACGAGGUAGUCACCUCACAGUCAUCGUCAAGAUGGUGUCGGAUCUCACCAGCCCCAAUCGAGCCUUCACACUCUACUUCCCUACAUGAUUCUUACUCUACUCGGUCGCUACGAGAUACUUACCACCAGCAGGGCAAGCGCAUUUUCAUGAAGGACAUCAUGCACUACCUCCUCCCCCCAUACGGCAAACCCGCCAGCAUCGCGCCAUCUCUGAACAGAAUCAAGCGUGGCGUGGGCACCGAGUCUAACGGAGAGACUGCUC